AUGGCAGAAAAACCAACCACCAAACUAACCCUACCAUGGAAAGUUCGUUUUUCCUAUUUCCUCAUUUCCACUGUCAGCGACGCUUCUCGCCGCUCCAAUGCCACUAUCAACCGCCGCCUUUGGAACCUCGUCGACCUCCAGGUCCGGCCAAAGUCAACCUCCAUUAACGGCGUCUCCUCCUCCGACGUCACCGUCGACGCAUCCCGCAAACUCUGGUUCCGCCUCUACAUCCCCUCUUCCUCCCCCGCCGUUUCCGCCGCCUCCCUUCCCGUCAUCGUCUACUUCCACGGCGGAGGCUUCACGUUCUGCACCGCAGCCUCAACCUUCUACGACACCGUUUGUCGACUCUAUUCUCGUGCCAUUAACGCCGUCGUUGUCUCCAUUAACUACCGUCUCACCCCGGAACACCGUUACCCCUCUCAAUACAAUGAUGGGUUUGAUGUCUUAAAAUUCCUCGACGAAAACGGCACCGUUUUGCCCAAAAUUGCUGACGUCAGCAAAUGUUGUUUGGCGGGUGAUAGCGCAGGUGCGAACCUGGCACACCACGUGGCGGUUCGGGUUUGCAAAGAGAAACUCCGAACCGUGAAAGUAAUCGGAUUGAUUUCGGUUCAACCGUUUUUCGGAGGAGAAGAACGAACCGACUCCGAAAUCAGACUAACCCGGGUACCCUUUCUUUCGGUGGAUAGAACCGAUUGGCACUGGAAGGUGUUUCUGCCAAACGGGUCGAAUCGGGACCAUGAAGCGUCGAACGUGAGUGGGCCCAAUGCGGUGGAUAUUUCGGGUUUGGAUUAUCCGAAUACGAUUGUUUUUAUGGGUGGGUUUGACCCGUUACGUGAUUGGCAAAGGAAGUAUUACGAGUGGUUAAGGAAAUCGGGGAAAGAGGCAGAGUUCAUCGAUUAUCCAAACGCACCUCAUGCUUUUUACGUGUUUCCUGAAUUGCCCCUCGUUUCUCUCUUUAUUUCUCAUGUCAAGGAGUUUGUGACCAAACAACUUUCGAACGUGAAUUGA